AGAAACAAAGAUGGACUGACGGAGCGCGAACGGAGCGAAGGACACGGAGAGAGAGAGAGAGAGAGAGAGAGAGAGAGAGAGAGAGCGGGGACGCCGCCUUCUUUGAGAAGCGUGCGCAUAUUCUAUGGACAUAAGCUGCUCGGGUUCAUAUUCGCAGCGCGGGACGGGUCGAGCGAGCACAACGCCGAUGAAUACGGAGAUGCCGGAGCGGAGCGGCGAUUGCGGGAGGAUGCGCGGAUGCGAGCGGUCGUUGCACUGCACCUCCAGCGGGAGAGACGACGCACGUCGGGGUUAAAGGAGCGGGCGACUUAUCACGUUGCAGAAGCGACAUGUCUUGCCACCGCCGUGGGCUGAGCGCGGCAGGACGGAUGCCCCCCCCCGGCGUCGUCCCUCGCCCAUAAUAUGUAGCUCGAGCGACGGCGGAGCGCGUGCAGCUGUUUGUCGGCUCGUCGAGCACGUCGGAGCGUCGCCGCUGAGCCGGAGUCGCGCAGCCCCGGGCGCCAGGAGCGUUCCCCACGUCGAACUUCCCCGCGACGGCGCGCGCGAGCGCGCAGCCCCCCUGAGCUGUCCGCGGUGCUGAACGCAUCGGCUCCCCGCGACUUGCCCCCUUUCUACCCCCCUCCUCCUUCCAGCGAGCACGGAAAUCUGCCUCGUGCGCCGCUCGGCGAACGUGGCGACGCAGGCCACCGCACACGGACAGCUGCCGGGCUUGACUGAGUCAGCCGCACCGCACUCUCGUUCAUGGCUGUGGCACGCAAAAUCAAAACUUUGCUGACCGUCAACAUCUUGGUGUUCGUGGGGAUUAUUCUGUUCUCGGUGUACUGCAGGAUCCAGGACCGCUCCGAGGAGCUCAUCCAGAUUGGGCGUUUUUCUGACCAGAGGCUGCGAGCCCGGAAUGGCAAAGUUUCCAACUUGGUGGACAGACAGUCUAUUCUCCAGAGGCUGGAGAGGCUGGAGGACGUGGUCUACAACCAGUUGAACGGUUUGGCGAAGCCCAUGGGGCUGGUGGAGGGCCCCGGGGGCCUGGGCCAGGGGGGCGCCGCUGCCACGCUGGGGGGCGACAGCCGCGACGCGGAGGGGAAGUACGAGGAGUACGGCUACAACGCUCAGCUCAGCGACCGCAUCUCCCUGGACAGGAGCAUCCCCGACUACAGGCCCAAAAAGUGCAGGCAGCUGACGUACCCAGAGGACCUUCCUCAGAUCUCCGUGGUCUUCAUCUUCGUGAACGAGGCCCUGUCGGUGAUCCUCAGGUCCGUCCACAGCGUGGUCAAUCACACGCCAGCACACCUGCUGAAGGAAAUCAUCCUGGUGGACGACAACAGCGACAGCGUGGAGCUGAAGUUCAACCUGGACCAGUACGUGAACAAGCGCUAUCCGGGCCUGGUGAAGAUCGUGAGGAACAGCAAGCGUGAGGGCCUGAUCCGAGCCAGGAUUCACGGCUGGAACGCCGCCACGGCUCCCGUCGUCGGCUUCUUCGACGCCCACGUGGAGUUCAACACGGGCUGGGCUGAGCCAAUCCUGACCCGGAUGAAGGAGGAUCACACCCGCAUCAUCCUUCCGGCCAUAGACAACAUCAAGUACAACACGUUUGAGGUGCAGCAGUACGCCAACGCCGCCCACGGCUACAACUGGGGGCUGUGGUGCAUGUACAUCAUCCCUCCGCAGGAGUGGCUGGACAAAGGCGACGAGACAGCCCCUAUCAGGACUCCGGCGAUGAUCGGCUGCUCCUUCGUGGUUGAUCGAGAAUACUUCGGUGACAUCGGGCUCCUGGAUCCCGGCAUGGAGGUCUACGGAGGCGAGAACAUCGAGCUGGGCAUGCGGGUGUGGCAGUGUGGAGGGAGUAUGGAGGUCCUGCCAUGUGCCAGAGUGGCCCACAUCGAGCGCACCAAGAAGCCCUACAACAACGACAUAGAUUACUACGCCAAGCGCAACGCGCUGAGGGCCGCUGAGGUGUGGAUGGAUGAAUACAAAUCCCACGUCUACAUGGCCUGGAACAUUCCCAUGAACAACCCCGGGGUGGAUUUCGGGGAUGUCUCAGAGCGCCUGGCCUUGAGGAAGAGGCUGCAGUGCCGGAGCUUCCGCUGGUACCUGGAACACGUCUACCCGGAGAUGCGGAUCUACAACAACACCAUUACGUACGGCGAGGUGAGGAACAGCAAGGCCAGCGGCUACUGCCUGGACCAGGGCUCGGAGGACGACGACAAAGCCAUCCUCUACCCCUGCCACGGCAUGUCCUCCCAGCUCGCCCGCUACUCCACCGAGGGCCUCCUCCAGCUCGGGCCCCUGGGGUCCACCACUUUCCUGCCCGACACAAAAUGCCUCAUAGACGACGGCAGAGGACGCACCCCCAGCCUGAAAAAGUGUGAGGCCGUUUCAAGGAUCUCCCAGAGGCUUUGGGACUUCACCCAGAAUGGUCCCAUCAUCAGCAGGGACACGGGUCGGUGCCUGGAGGUGGAGAUGUCCAAAGAUGCCAACUUUGGCCUCCGGCUGGUGGUCCAGAGGUGCUCCGGACAAAAGUGGAUGAUACGAAACUGGAUUAAACAUCCCAGGCACUGAAGCCGGAGGACAGAGAGACAGUUUGGACAGCGUUUGGGGUUGGAUCCAGCUGUUCAGAGGAAGGCGGGGACCGGUGGCGCCCCGGUGGGGCUCCUCUCACCACAGACUGCUCCGGGAACCGAGCUUCCCCCCGGGUCGCAGAGCUUUCUGCUUUCCACCACCCACUCGUACAGAAGGACACGACGCUCUCAUGCCGCGCUGAGCCUCACCGUCGGACUCGGCAUCAGGCUGUGGGCACAGAGCGGAGCCGAGCAUCGAGGCGCCUGAGUGCUGCCGCCGCGGCGCUUCACAAACCUUCGAAUUCUUGUAAUUCUCUCGUUUCUAUUGUAAAACUACUAGACUUUGAAGAUGACAACCAGUGUGUGUGCGUGUCUGUUUUUUCCCCGAGUGCAUCUGAGCAAUCAGCAAAAUGUAAUCGCCAUCCGUUUCCACGUGGACGUGAACAUUUGGGGUCAUUGGGGAAACCUGCUGUGGCCGUGUUUUACGGUGGUGGGACGUGAAACGCGGCCGGCGCCGCCUGACGAGCAGCCGCCCCACACAAACCACUGCACCUCUUGGUUUCGUUGGACUGCACCGCUCGCUGUGGACAGGAGCAAUCACGUGCCUUUGUUUCCUCAUUCUUCUGCUUCUUCUGACCAGGGAAUGUCAGUCCCGAAAGCAUGUACAAAGUUAUUUGAAAGGUAUUAAUAUAUAACAAUGUAUAAAACAGUCUACUGAUAGUAAUAUAUUGUAAAAAAAAAGUUCAAAACUGAUUUCCGUCCUCUGAUUACAAUUAGAAUAAUAAAAUCAUUUUUAUGAUGA